GCUUCCACCCAAGCGCAGAAUGUCCCUGUGAUCAACAACAUGGGCAGCAGCCUCACCACCCUCCAGCCGGUCCAGUUCUCCCAGCAGCUGCACCCGUCCUAUCAGCAACCAAUCAUGCAGCAGGUCCAGGGUCACCUCAACCAGAGCCCCUUCAUGGCCACCAUGGCCCAGAUCCAGGCUCCUCACGCUCUCUAUAGUCACAAGCCAGAGAUGACCCAAUAUGCGCAUACCAGCCUUCUACCCCAGACCAUGGUGAUCACAGACACGGCGAACCUCAGUACCUUGGCCGGCCUGAUGCCAACCAAACAGAUCUUCACGUCAGACGCAGAGACUCCCACGGAAUCUGGGAUCCCAACCAGCCAGCCUUCCGUCCUCUUGCAGGGCCAGGAUGGCUCCAUCCAGUCGCACCUUCAGUCGGGGCCCCGCAUGACCUCCAGCCCCACCGUCUCCUCUGGCAGUUUGGUGCUUUACCAGAGCUCCGAUUCCACCAACGGCCACUUGCUGCCCUCCACCCACGGCGUGAUCGAGACCUUCAUCUCCACCCAAAUGGCUUCCUCCACACAAUAA